CCGGCUGCGCAUGCGCCAAAGGAGCCGCCGCGGGCGGGGGAGCAUGUCGCUCCAGGGCUGGCAGUGGGAAGAUGAGGACCGCACCAGCCUGGGCCGCAUCUCGUCCAUCAACAGCUUCUUCCAGUCGGCCAGCGAGUACGACACGGAGGAGCACCUCGAAUCGGCCACCCAGGCCCGGGAGUCCGACACCGACUUUGAGUGCUGCAGCCUGGAGUCCCUGGAGGAGCCCGCCACGAGCUCCUACAAGGCGGACAUGCCCCAGGUCGUGCCCUGCAAGUUCAUCAUCUCGCUCGCCUUCCCCGCGAACCUGGGUCACAAAGGAAAAUACUCGAGUUUUCCUAGAGAAAUACAAGAAACACCCUAAGGCGGAGAACACCAUCCGCCAAGAUGCGGCAUUUCUACCACAUGGAGUAUUUCCUCCUGCC